AUGGCAGUGAAUGGUAGUAAUUCUAAGGCAAACUGGAAGGGUAAACAGAUUGUGACCUUGAUUGAGGAAGAUGCUGCACCAAUAUAUGGUGAUGUGGGGAAAGAACAUGAACAAACAGAUUCAGAUGAAGACAAAAUCAUCUAUGCACAUGAAGGGAGAUCUUGGCAGUUUGAUUGGAGGACGAAACAUGAUGGCUUCAAAAAUACUUACACCUUCAAGAAAGAUGGUAUUACGAUCACGUUAGGGCCGUUGGAUGUGAGGCAAGACAAUAAGGGUAAUAUGAAUCACCCACUGCCCAAGUCAGAUAUUAUGGACGCGAUUGAAGAAUCACAAGAGGUUUUUGCUUUGGUCAUACUAGAAGAGAAUGAUGAGGUUGUCACUAAUUCGCCCCAAGUUCAAACAUUAUUGGAUGUGUUUGGUGAAGUAGUUUCGGAGGAGAUGCCCCCUAGGUUACCACCUAUGAGGGACAUCCAACACUGUAUUCAUUUUGUUUCAGGAGCUAUCAUUCCUAACAAGGCUACCUAUCGGAUGAGUCCAAAAGAACAUGAAGAGUUACAAAGGGAAGUUCGGGAAUUAUUGGAAAAAGGUGCAAUCAGAGAAAGUAUGAGCCCUUGUGUUGUUCCAGCAUUAUUGGUGUCAAAGAAGGAUAGGUCUUGA